CACCACUCCGAGACAGCAGCUUGCAGGGACAACCCUGUGCAAAACCUUUCAAACUGGAGAUGAAACUGUGGAAGCCAAACUUUGGGAGGAGGGACAGCAGGAGACCUUUAUUAGAGAAUAACAACAACAACAACAACAAACAUGAUGAUAUGGAACCGGACAGUACCUGUUGUGCCGUUAUGGCUCAGAACCAUUCCAACAGGAACGAGGAACAACACCUGCAGAGUGAAGAACAGAUCAGCAGUCAGCAACUGGCUGAACUUCUGGGUGUGGCCCCUGAUGCCGACCGCACACGCCUCAUACAAAGUUGUGUGUCCCAGCGCUUCCCAAAGCCACCGGUAGACGUGGACCAGAACCUCUUGCGGCACCUGUUGGAUGUGCAGGACACUGUGCACCAAGAGCUUGUGAAGCUGGGCCCCCUGUUGAAACAAAUGGGGUUGAUGGAGUGUCUGAUUGAAAGCUACCAACGGAAGACAUUUGAACACCUCCAUGAUCUACUCAACCAAAGCAGCUCCUCCAAGAAUUGCUUUGAGCUGAUGCAGUGGCUCCAAGAUACAUAUCUGAGCCAGGAGCCAUGUGGUCAGUCUGGCCCGCAAGAAAUGGAUCCCAUGAAAAAAGUUGACAUCCUGCUGUUCACAGAGUUGGCGGUAAAAGCAAAGGACAAACUGCUGGGACAUGUGAUGAUGGAGAUCAGAGGGUCCCUGAAGGCAAUCCUGCAGCAGGAGAGAAGCAAAGAAGCUUAUAAUGAACUUUAUCUGGACACUAUUCAGUGCAUUGACGCCAUGCACAGGACAGCACAAAAAAUCAGCCAAAAACUCGCUGACUACGUGCAGUUGGUGUGUUUCCAAGAGCUGCGGCUGUUUUUGGAGAGCUACAACGCCAUGCAGACUGAGAUUCUUGAAAAGAAAGCAAAAAUGGCCAAACCAGAAACAAAACACUUCUUUAAGACUUUGAACAACUGUAAUAAACUCAAAUCUGGAUUUGUAGUCUUCACUCAGGAGACGCUUAUAGACCGAGCGCCUACACAGCAUCACCGCUUCCACAUCACACCUACUGGAACCAUCUUAUCCAGAGCGACGCGAGCCACAACACCUCGAAGCAGGGGCUUGCACGUCACCACGAUGCUCGGAACCACAAAGGCAGUGCAAGCGACGCGACCGCCGUCCUGGUGUCAGACCGUGGAACCCAUGCUGCGAAAGUCAAAGACCUGUUGGAGUGUGAAGCAUCGACAGGAAAAGCUGACCAUUGGGAGCAUGCAGAACAGGACCGAGCACAUCGAGAGAGGACCUGAAGCUCCUGCCCAAACUGCUGCAGUGGAAAGGUCCUUCUGGACUGGAGCAAAGGCCGAGGGCUCAAUGAAGAAGAUCAACUACAACAAGCAAAGAGGUUUGGGAAGUCAUGAGGAUUUCAGAUGA